AUGGGGCUCCUCGCUGUCGAUGUGUGGUUCACAGGCAGGUUAUUGGCCGGCAGCUGCUUCCUCCAUGGUGAGGACUGUCCCGUCCUGUGUGAACCCCUCUGGGUGGGUCCCCUCCAUAAGCAGCUGCCAACGGAAGUCACUGCUGAUGACGCACUUGGCCCGCCCCCUCUCAGUGGCGUGUUACAGAAGAAGAAGAAGAAGAAGCUGAUGAAGAUGAAGCUGAUGAAGAAGAUGAAGAAGAUGAAGAGUGAAGAACCUGGUGAUCCCAUCAUCUACGACAUCCGAGCCAGACCCAGAAAGAUCUCCUCACUCACUGGAAGCAAAGAUCUUCAAAUGGUGAGCGUCACGCUGCGAGUUCUGUCCCGGCCGCUAGCGUCCAACCUGGGACAAGACUACGACAAGCGUGUCCUGCCCUCCAUCGUCAACGAGGUGCUGAAGAGUGCAGUGGCAAAAUUUAACUCCUCGCAGCUCAUCACACACAGAGAGCGCAGUGUGAUUGCCAAAGUUACUGAUGUGCACGAGGGGGUGCACGUGCACAAAUGCCGCUCUGGCGUUUCCCAGCAGGAGGCGCAGCGAGCUCAGUUUUGUGUCGAGAAGGCCAAACAGGACCAGAGACCGAAGAUCAUCCAGGCUGAGGGAGAAGCUCAGGCUGCCAAGAGGCUGGGCGAGGCUGUGACCAAAAACCCAGGUUACCUGAAACUCGGGAAGAUCCGUGCAGCGCAGAACAUCGCCAAGACGGUGGCGCUGUCCCAGAACAAAGUCUGCCUGGUGCUGAACCUGCAGGAGAGAGACCAGUUCGAAUGUUUGUCACUGCCAAAGUAAAGCGGACGUCUCCUCGUCAUCAACAUUCCUUCAGUUCCACGACAGAGAAAAUGUCUCCGGUCUCUCGCAGAGUUUCUCUGCUGCCUGUGACUCGACCUCAGGUUUUCACUCAGGAUCCAGGUUCAUCUGUGAAUUGUCGUCAGUCACCAGCUGCUUGAGCUGUUGACAGGAAGUCCGCCCUUGGGUUUUAUUUUGAAAGGCUCCUCUGGUGUAGGGACUGUGGACGACUGCAGCGGUUCUCUUUUUCUUUUUCAGAAUCGGAGAAGGUUGCUGACGUUUCAUCGCAGAGACCUUCAACUAUUUAAGUUCACGAAGAAUUCCCUCGUGGAGCUUCAACACUGUGUCUCCUUCGUGAGUCAGAGAUGUUUACGUUUAACUCAGAGUUUUUAUAAUAAGAAUGAAAUAACUUUGACCAACAGCAGAGGAAUCUUUUUCAAAAUCACACAUUAAUGACGCUGCUCUCUGUCUCAUGUCGACAAUAAAGUUAGAAAACAGAUGUAGAAGGAGGUAAUGUUCUAUCUUUACUCCCUCAACACCAAUAAUAAUUAUCUGUCCAUGCAGACAGGUGUGUCUUUAAAGGGAAAUCUGUAGCUGAGAUUUCUGACCACGAUAAACUGAGGCUGCGAUUAUAUUCAAGUGUGAAAAUGUCUUUGGUCCCAAACCAAAGAGAAACAGAGCAAAUGUCUCUCGAGUCAGAUUCAAUCAUCAGUUAUGUUCUGUUGUUGAUGAAUCAGUUAAUUGACGAGGUUCGGCUGCAGAGAGGAAAGAAAUGCACGUGGACUGUGAGGACGGGUUAUAAUUCUUCUUCUGUGAUGGACUCACACCGUGGUCACAUGUCGGUGCUGCUCCUCCGAGCUUUUCAAACCACGUGCCUCUGUGCAGAAGGCCGUGUCGGGGUCAGGGAUCAAACUUCUCACAGAGUGAAACCUUCUGUGUAGU